CUUAUCCUCAUAUUCACUUCCUCCUUCAACCCAGCAGAAUCAAGUCAUAUGAGAAAUGGACAAGCUAGGGCUAAGUACACUCAUUUUGCUAAAGAUCAUCCUUCUAUACUACCACUGUGGUGUCAAAGGCUGUCAGGUGACCUUGAAACAAGAGAAAAACAAAGCAACCCAAUUAUGGGAAACUAUUACAUUAUCAUGUUGGUACAACGCAACAAACUGCCCAGAUGAGAUAGAGGUAUUUUGGUUUCGGUUUCUUGCUUCCAGCCAGGAAAACCUGUCCAAAGGUAGUGAUCGGUUCAUUAUCAGCAAAGAUUCCAAGAAUCUGGAAAUUAAAAGUGUAACAGCACAGGACAGUGGGAUAUAUUUUUGUGGCAUAACACAUAGAAAUCGGCAACCUACAAAACAGAAUAUUGGACAAGGAACAAUACUACAGGUAUCAGAUGGAUAUAAGAAAACAUUUACAGCGGGAAAAACUAGUUUAAUUUUCAUUUGUACACUGCUAUUUGUAUACUGUGUUACAGUAUUUUCAUACUAUGCUUACAGGUCAAAGGGCAAGUUCUGCAAUCUGAAAGAAGACAAGGACAUGAAUCAAACUGGUAGAAGCUACAAAACUAGAAGGAUUUUCCAGGCAAUAGCACAGGAAUACCAUAGGAGAUACGAUGGAAAAACACAGAAACGAAACCAGGUAAUAGAGAAUGAUACCAUCUAUCAAAAUACAAGUUAUACGCACUGAAAGCCAUAAGGACGACACUCCAAUUAUGAUGCAUGUUGGAGAAGAUGCCCCACUAAGCGUUUUAUAAAUCCCUGAAAUGUCAAGCUCUGAUUAGCAUAUAUGCGCAUGAAGAGUGUAAGUGUGGGUGCGCGCGCGUGCAUGAAGAGUGUGUGUGCAUGAAGAGCGUUAGCGCAUGCAAGCAAUUAGUAUAUGCAUCAGCAAUUGUUGCCUAAUGCUUAUUUAAUUCUUUUGUGUAAUAGUAAAGUUCUGACAUUUACUUUUCA